AUGACUGCCAAAAGACUAGUCGUCGCUGGAGGGAGUGGGUUCUUAGGGUCUAGAAUCUGUAAAUCAGCAGCAACCAGGGGCUGGUCGGUCACGUCAUUGAGUCGAUCCGGCGAGCCGCGGUGGGAUGCAGUCACCGAGUCCCGAGAUCGCCCCAUCUGGGCAAGCUCGGUGGAGUGGGCGAGGGCUGAUAUUCUGAAGCCAGAGAGCUACAAGCCAUUUUUGAACGGUGCCUCUGCUGUGGUUCAUACCAUGGGUAUCCUGCUCGAGGCCGACUACAAGGGCGUGGUUCAAGGCCGGGAACCGGUUGUCAGUGGGCUACAACGCGCCUUUAGCUCGUCCAAGCUGGGGAGUCAGAACCCACUUUUGAGGAGCGAGGGCGAGGCACUAGAGCCCAAGGAAAAAGAUGGACAAUUGACUUAUGAAUUGAUGAACCGAGAUUCAGCUAUUGCGCUGGCCCAGGAGUCUUCGACUGAGCAUGUCCCAACCUUCGUCUACAUUUCCGCCGCUGCAGGGGCACCAAUUCUUCCGGCUCGGUAUAUCACCACCAAGAGAGAAGCAGAGGCAACCAUCACAACAACGCUUCCUGAUUUGCGAAGUAUCUUCAUGCGCCCGGGAUUUAUGUACGACUCCAGCAGGAAAUUCACACUGCCAAUCGCACUGGGCGGCUUCGUGGCCUCCGAGUUCAACACCCUCCUCGGGAACAAGCUUCAAUUCCUCGGGUCUAUGGCGGAAAAGCCCCUCAAGGUCGAUGUUGUGGGUGAAGCAGUGGUCGAGGCACUGGAGGACGAGUCCACCAAGGGUGCAGUGGGAACAAAACAGAUUGAAGCGUUGGCAACAAAGGCCUGGAGAAAAACAAUGCUGUAG